AUGUCUGCGCCUAUCAUGCAGAGUUUCCGCUCCAUGGGCUCGUCCGUGGGCGAAUACUCCCGUCAGCAGCUCAAUGUGUUUCGAAACCGCGUGCUCAACACUGAAACCAGAAGGCAGCGAGCAAACGUCGUUCGGACAUCCAUGACCGCCCACAGACCGGUGUGGAUUUCUGGCGUAGGAGGAGUCUACACUUCCAUGGCCGCUGUAUACCUCACAUUGAAAUUCAUGAGCCGGUUGAAAUAG